AUGAUGUCCCCACGCGCGCUGCUCCUCGCGGUGCUCUGCCUGUACCUUCACAGCUGGGCCGCGGAAGCAAUCAACCUGAAGCUCCUGAUGGAUGGAAACACAUACACCAUGUUGUACGAAUCGAAAAAGGUGAAGUUUUCGGAUCUAGACAUCCUCAACAUCAUGUUCCAUUCGAACCAAGUGAAGCACUGUGGCAACUCGGUCAUUUGCUACCUUCUCAAAAUAUCAUCCACAGAUAUUGAAAAAAUGAAUUACGUGGUUCGCCACAUCGACAUUUCGUAUAACCGCCCCCUGAAGUAUGAAAAUGUGUAUAAAAUCAUCGGGGGCGUGACUAGCUAUGGUGUUACCUCCAUGAAGAUCACUUUGUUUGGGGUGGGGUCGGCCCUGAAAGUGGAGGAAGGACCGGAGGGCGACGGUGGUGAGGGGAGCAGCGACAAAAGCAGCGACAAAAGCAGUGACGGAAAUGGCGACAUUAGCAGCGACGAGGAAGACAACCUGAUGGCGAUGCUACGGAUGAAUUUAUUACACGAUAACACGAAGAAAAGGAAACACAUAAGGAGGGAGAAAACCAUCGACAAGCUGCUCAGCCAGUUGGGCGAUGAAAACCAAAACAUCACCGAAGCGAUUAGCAUGAAUAACCCCUUGCUGCAAGAAAUUGCUUCCAAAAAAAAUUGCAUAUAUUAUUUCUCCGUUGUUUAUACUUUGGUGAAGGUAGACGAUAAGGGGGAAAAAAGCACCAUCGAUGAUGCCUUUAAAAAUGAGCAUAGGCCAAUGAAUGUCGAUCAGCUCAACGAUGUUGUUAAAGUGUUCUGUUAGUCCUCCCCCCAGGGGCACACCUCUUGCAUGCCUAAUUGGUUUCCUCUCUCUGUGACGAAGUUGCGCAUUAACUUAACAGUAAGCACGUCCAUCUUUCAUUUGUCACCCAUUGUGGGAUUUCCUUUUUUUUUCCCUCUCCCUCCGCUUACUCGUCUAGCAGCUUUAACCUUCCAUGCUGUACUUUUUAUCAGUUGCAUAUGUUUUACUUUGCUGAAGAUAACUACUGUCUAUUCAUUUACCCAUUUAUUGCGCACAUUUUAUAUUUUUUUUUGUUUUUCCCGCCCAUGUGUCUUUCCCCCUUUUCCAUACCAUAAGUAGGGGAUGGU